AUCGACACAAAAAGCAGUCCGCUGGCCCUGCUCGCCCAGACAUGCAGCGCAAUUGGUGCCGAUACCACAAAUCCCAAAUUGCUGGCAGCAAAUAUUGAAAAAGCAACCAAAGCUCAUAAAUCAUCGUCCUCAUCAUCGUUGGAUAAUCGUGAUAAAUCAUCGCCACUAAGUAGUCAUUCGUCCGUCUCGACCGGUUCGGCAGAGCAACAACUACAGCACCAGCCUGCGACACAACAUAAGCCACAUCAACAGCAACAACACCCACCACCACCGCCGCAUCAACCCCAGUCUGUGAAAUGUAGUUUCAAACCCUAUGAAACCAACAAUAAUCACAUACGAGAUGUGCGCAUCGAUGUGGAUGCUACGGAACAGGCAACGAAUCUAACACAGGCACAUGCCCAAAUGCAGCAACGCGUAAAGACACCGAAAAUUAGUAACAAUGGUAACAGUAAUGGUCGUUGUGAUUCCAAUCAGAGCGCCUCCUCACAACGAGGUGAAUCGCCGGCAAUUAAUGGUGGCGGAGGUGGCGGGGGAGGGUCAUUAAGACGUACGCCCUCUUCAGUAAAUAGUUUACAACAUGAUCUACAACAACAGCAACAGCGUGCUUUAAGUAGUCCAGCCCAUCAUCAUCAGCAACAGCAGCAUAAAACCAAAGAGCUAAAUCUUAAUGGCGGUCCUCUAGAGACUUCUCACAGUACGACAACAACAACGACAUCUAGUCCAUCCCAGCAAAGUUCGGCGGCAGCAUCAUCAGCCCGGCUGCAAGCUUCCAAUGAGGCAGCUGCCUUGGCCCAAGCCUCCAAAGAGGCCAGCUAUAUGAAAGCUUUACAGGCAGCAGCUGCUGCAAGUGGUAGCUCAGCAUCUGCCGGUUCGGCAGCCAGUGCCUACUAUCCCGGCUAUCCCUCAAGUAUGCCCUAUCCCAUGGAUUUAAUGACAGCCAGUGCUUUAAUGUCGCCCCACCAUCCAAUGUUUAAGGCAGCCUCCCUGAAUCCCUAUCUCAACUAUGCCCGACUGAAAGGUUUAGAAAUGCAACCGAAUAUCUGUAGAGAUCCAUAUUGCACAGGAUGCCCCUCGAGUCCUCACUUCCUCAAUAAGGCAGCAGGACAACCAUGUCCGGCCGGUUGCCCUCAAUGUGAACGGGAAGCAAAAUCGGGUUCAUCAGCUGCGGCGGCUGCAGCAUCAUCCUAUCACGCCCAACUAGCCGCCUUGGCAGCUGCAUCGCAAAUGCCUUAUGUCUGCUCUUGGAUCGGUGGUGAUACACCGUAUUGUGGUAAACGUUUUGCCACCUCCGAUGAGCUGUUUCAACAUUUACGUACCCACACCGCAUCCCUACCCGAAUCUGUUUUGACUGCUGCCGCCCAAGGUGGUAUACCACCAAAUCAUCCGCUAUUUCAAAGGACUUAUCCUACUCCGCCACUCAGCCCCCUAUCAGCAGCCCGCUAUCAUCCAUAUGGUAAACCGUCCAUGUUACCACCAUCAUUGGCUGCAGCAGCAGCUGCCGCUCCACCCGGUUCCCUGGCCAGUUUACAAAUGCAACAACAUCCAGCAUUGGCUCAAUAUUUUUCACCGUACUCAUUAUAUGGACCGCGUAUGGGUUCAUCACAUCCAUAG